AUGGCGGAGAAGGAGAAGGAGAAUGAGAAGCCAGCCCUGCGGCCGGCCCCUGCUGAGUUGAAGCGAUUCACACUGGUGGUCGCCAUUUUUGCGCUGAUGAAUGGCAUGAUCGGCACCUUUGUUCAGGGCGAGUUUGCGGCAGACCUCCUGGUGUCCUCAGUGGUGGCGGUGGUGGCCAACGUCAUCGCCCCCAGCGGCUGCUAUGCGCUGCGGGUCUUUGGCAGCUCCUUGCGGCCCAAGCAGGCCUUGAUCGGCUGCGCAGUGGCCAACGUGAGCGGCCUGGGGGUUGCGCUGGUGUGGGAGAGCUUGCUCGUGAUGUUUUGGGGCUUCACCUCCACCACGGCGCUGGCCACUGUGGCCCUCCAGUACCUCGAGGACCUGUGCAGACAUUUUGGAGCUUCUGAUGCCGAGAAGGAGAAGUGGCAGGCAGAAAUGAUGCCCUGGCCGGUUCUGACGAUGCUGGCGGGCUUCAUGCUGAGCCCACUCUUCUUCUCGAGCCUGGUGCAAUCCCAGGCUGGCAGUUUUUGCGUCAUGGGCCUCACGCUGCCGCUACUUUUCCAGCUGCCCGACGUGGCCAGCACCAGGCAGCCGGUUCCAAGUUGGUCCGUUGCCCAGCUGCGGCCCAUGCUGCCGGUGGUCCUCUGCGCCGCUCUUCAGGGAGUGCGCAAUCUGUGCCGCGAGACCUUGCUGGGGCCCUCCCUCAUCAUCCGAUUCAUGCCGGACUACUGGUCUUGGGCGCAGAUGAAUGUUGCAGGCGUGUUUGGAGGCGUGGUGGGGCAGUCCAUGUCCCUGGUCAUGCUGCAGCAGCCCGCGAACCCCGGCUUCAUUGCUGUGCUGAUGGCACUGUGCCCCAUUCUUUUCCUGAUAGAACUCAUGACCAGCAGCUACAAGGUGCUGCUUUUGGCCACCUUCUGCAGCGCCUUGCUGAAGGUGCUGACCGCCCCCAUGUUUUGGAAAAUCUGUGGACUGCCUGAUGGCCAGCUCCAGGUUUGCCAGCAGGCCUUCGCCUUCUUCGACGGGGUCCUGGGCUUCGUGGUGCCGCUGUCCACGCUGGCAGUCACAACUUCUGUUUCGCCCUACGGCGGUGCGGCACUGCUGACGGUCUCGGGCGUUGUGCUGCCCGCCCUGGCGUGGCGUUUGCCCGCGGAGAAGCGCGAUUGA